GAACUUGCACAAUUGGUGGUUGACUAAAUAUUUAUUUGCCCCACUGUAUACUGUUCAUCAAUCGCUUAUAAUAACAUACAUUAGUCAUAGUUGAAAAUUCCUGUCAACAUUUUUUUUUAUUCUUUUGUUGCUUUCUUCAUCCAAUGAAAUUGUAUAAAGUCAUAUGUCUCACAAUUUACCACUCGCAAAAACAUGGGGAAUACAAGCAAUAAAAUACUUGGUUCCUCAAGCUUCCAUUCCACUGAUUUAUGAUUUUAUUUUAUUUUUUUUUUUAAUCAAUUUUUUAAUAUAGGCUACGCCUUUCUUAGGGAUUUUUACGCUUUGACUUAACUCGUAAGUGAUGAGUAACAAAUGAGUGUCAGUCAUUCAUAGCUACAGUAAAGCGGAAAUUAAUCGCUGGCAAUCUCCCAGUCACAAUGGAUUGGACGUCCACUGCUGUCAAUGGCAACCAAAUGACUUCAAUGAGCAUUUAAAAUAUGUUUGGGUAUACUAUAAAGGGUUAAAUCACGUUCACUCUCUCCUAAUAGCGAAAACAUUCCGUACAAGUAUUUCAAGUAUUUAUCUUUGCUGUAAAUUACAAAGUACAUGCCAAUGUUUUUGCUAUCAAUAAUGUUGCCUCAACCAAGUAGAGGUGGCAAAAGUACUCAUAAUCUGUACUGUACAAUAUGCUGUUUUGAAUAACUAAGGAGACGAAUGGAACAAGAUAAAACGAAAGAAGAAAAUUCACAUUUUAAUACAGUACUGGAGAAAAAAAACAAACAAAAAAACAGGAAUGACCACAAGUCAACUCUCGUAGGUGAAACAACGUCCUCUAGUGGACGCGCUUCGUCAUUGUCUAACUUUGCUGCUGCCUUUUCAUUGGUGGAUUGUCCUCAGGUUUGAGGUAGAGUGCGUUCAAUGACAAUUGGAAUAAGUGUGAUUGGUCAUAAAGGUAAUAGUUUAAGAUUGAAAAACUAAAUGUAAUGAUCGCAAAGUUUGAAAAAUUAAUUCCGUUGAGCAUUUGGUAUGAAAAAUGUCAUAAUUUAUUUCUGAAAUUUUAUCGAUUUGUCAUUCAUAAUAAUAAAGCUCAAUUUUCCGAGGUAUAUUGCAGUAAAAGAAGGCACCGCCGUUAUCGAUUAUUGCACGUUCUCUCCAGCCAGUCAGCCAGCCAUCCCUACACGAUACAGGUCGCAUCAACUGUGUGUUCGUGCGUGUGUAUGUGUGGAAAUUGGACAUCAUGACAAUAAAAAACACUCUACGGGAUCACGGACAGAGGUAUCGCCCACGGAUGGCGUGUCUGCACAAGGCGGAAAAGAUACUGCUGGAGAUGCAGGACCCUAAAUCGGGAGUCAAGUCUCAGCCGCAGCGACUGGUCAUCACUACCAUUCCGCAUGCCAUUACCGGGGAAGACAUGAUUGCGUGGCUGGCAGACAGAUUCCAAAUCGACACAAGAGAGGCCAGAAAUUUGGGUUCCAUGCUGGUGGCACUAGGCUUUGUGUACCCGUUGCAAGAUCACAAACGCUUGCUACUCAAGCACGACGCAUCACUGUAUCGCUUUCAGACACCAUACUUCUGGCCCGCCCAACAGUGGCCUGUGGAAGACACAGAUUACGCAAUCUACCUGGCCAAGAGAAACAUCCGCAAGAAGGGGCUUCUGGAGUUACACGAGCAGGAGCAGUACAACCGCCUUCACAAGUGGAUGAAUCACAAGUGGGACUUCAUUGUGAUGCAGGCUAAAGAGCAGUAUAGGGCAGCAAAGGAGAGGAAGAAACCAGACCGCGUGGUGUUUGACUGUCAGGAGAGGGCAUACUGGGUGGUCCACAGACCCCCGCCAGGCACCGUGAGCGCCAUGGACUACGGGCUUGACCGACGAAUUGAUCCCAACGCAGAUGAGGUCAAAACUCCUGACUACUACGAGAGAAUUAUGAUCUUCACCCAGCAGUCAAUCAUGAGGCCCAGAGUCAAGUCAUCUGUGUCCAUUGGCGCGUUGGUUAAAUAUUGCGCUACCUACAACAGCCACGACCCGUUCCUGUCCAAAUGUCUUCCCAGCAACCCUUGGCAUACUGACGAUGUCACCUACUGGACUUUAAACAUGCCCAAUGUUGAAACACCGACCAAAAUGCGCGUGGAGCGCUGGACUUUCAGCUUUGGAGAGCUGCUCUCCGACCCGCGAGGCCGCGACGACUUUAGGCGUUUUUUGAAGAAAGAGUUCAGCGGUGAAAACUUGGCGUUCUGGGAAGGCUGUGAGGAUUUAAAGUGGGGCACGGCGGCGACCAUGCGGGAAAAGGCCGAGCAGAUCUACAAGACAUUCUUGGCCCGCGGCGCCCCCAGGUGGAUCAACAUCGACGGGAAGACAAUGGAGAUCACCGUCAACGGCCUGAAACAUCCUCACAGAUACGUGCUGGAUGCCGCUCAGACCCAUAUCUACAUGCUAAUGAAGAAGGACUCGUACGGGCGCUACAUGAAAUCGCAAGUGUUCAAGGACACAUUGAAGAAGGCCAUCUGCCCCGAUGAGCACAAGUUCACGGAUUCUCAGUUGGAGCAGAACGCCAAGAACCGACGGCCCAGCCUUAGUCCCAUUAUCCUUCGGCAGCAGGAGCUGGAGGAGCGCGCCAAGAUGGCCGCUAACGCACCCGUCGACAUCACGCAGGUCAUGAGCAAACUCAGCAAGAAAAAAUCGUGAAGCAUUUACUAUUGGGAAAAUUAUUAUUCGUCUUAAAUUACUUGAUGUAAUGUAUAGGUGUAAUGCUUUAUUAUCAUUAUUAUUAGGGUUGUUCCGAUCAUGUUUUUUUGCUCCCGAUCCGAUCCCGAUCAUUCCCGAUAAUUUUUCCCGAUCAUAUACAUUUUGGCAAUGCAUUAAGAAAAAAAAUGAAUAAAACUCGGACGAAUAUAUACAUUCAACACACAGUACAUAAGUACUGUAUUUGUUUAUUAUGACAAUAAAUCCUCAAGAUGACAUUUACAUUAUUAACAUUCUUUCUGUGAGAGGGAUCCACAGAUAGAAAGACUUGUGACUUUGUAUAUUGUGACUAAAUAUUGCCAUCUAGUGUAUUUGUUGAGCUUUCAGUAAAUGAUACUGCAGCCAUUCAACCCAAAUGCAUGAUGGGAAGUGGACCCAUGACUGCGUAGUGCUAUCAAUGGAUAUAUCUUCUGUGCGUUGGGAAAUAACAUAAGGUGUUAAGAAAAAGAUCAAUUGCUACCUUGCUUCCCCACAUUGCUUCCCAUGAUAUCUCUAAUCAUAGGGAGAGGGAUUGUAAGGAUUUAACCUAUUAUAAAAAGGCUCCAAAGGCUGCCAAAAUGCACUCUACUCAUUUUACGCUACCUUUCAUCUCUCUAAAUGGGUAAAACGGCGCCAUUACAAAUUGAGCGCAACAAUGCGUGAGUGGGUUGUGCAACGCAUGCAUAAAUUGCGUUAAAUAUUUAACGUGAUACAUUUUUUAAAAAAUAAUUACCGUCGUAAUCGGGACCUUAAGCGUAAACUAAAGACUUUGGAUGAGUGUAACAUAUUAUGUCUGUAACGUUAAAUACAUUUAGAAAACGAUUUAAUUAAAAAAUAUAUAUAUAUUAAAAAAAGACAUGGCCGAUAUUUUUUUGCCAACUCCGAUACUUUGAAAAUGACGUGAUCGGACCCGAUCGAUCGGGAUCGGGACAUCUCUAAUUAUUAUCAUUAUUACUACCAAAAAGAUUCUGGUUUCAGUGUAAUCCUGUAAUAUUUGUGGAAUUCAUUUAACAGUUACAGCGUAAAAUUGUGUACUUAUAUUGUAUCAGUUAAUUUAGAAAUAAUCCCCUGCCUAAUUAAAUUAUUGGUUAACUGAUGUAUUUUUGAAUAAUACAAUGGGAUAUGAUUACCGUAAAGACUAUAAACCGCUACUUUUUUCCCUGAUUUUGAAUUCUGCGGCUUAUAGUCCAGGGGUAAUAGGUAACGCUGUAAUGCUGUCAACACUGUUGUCAUUCAACAUGCCUCCUAGCAUGCAUUGCCGCGCUACAGAUGUAAAUAGCAAUCAAAAUUCAUGUUCUGUGCUAAUUCUUCAGUUCCUGUUCCAGUUGUUUCAUUAAUUGCUAGUUAUGGCAUUUCGUAACAUUUUAUUUGACAGCGGCGUCAUAAGACCGUCAUAACUAUGACAUGACACUAUCAUGGGCAUUACUGAAUACUUAUGACAGAUGUCAUUAAAUGUCAUCCAGAAAAUUAUGGCACUAACUCCAUUUAUGUCCAUCUUGAAUCUUUUACAUUCAAUCAAAAGUGAUAUCAUUUGCUGGAUGACAUUAAACAACACCUCUUAUAAGCAUUCAUUAAAGCUGAUGAUUGUCUUAUGACAGUCUUAUGAUGCCACUGUCAAAUAAAUUGUUACCAAAUACCAUAACUAGCAAUUAAUGAAACAACUGGAACAGCAAAUGAAGAAAUAAUUAGCACAGAACAGGAAUUUUGAUUGUUAUUGACAUCUGUAGUGCUGCAAUGCAUGCUAGGAGGCAUGUUGAAUGACAACAGUGUUGACAGCAGGUGGCAGCAGAGGUUGACUGUCUCCCCAAAGGGAGCAUUGAUGGCUAAAUGAAGAUUCUUGAAGCAAUAAAGCUUUUCAGCUAAUUGGUUCAAAGCUUCAUGGUGGUUCAUUUGGUCUUAUGACAGUCUUAUGAAUCCGCUGUCAAAUAAAGUGUUACCGGUUAAUAUCUUUUCGUGUAAAUAUUCCAUAAUACAGUGAGGACAGCUGCAGCUUAUAGUACAGUGUGGCUUAUUUAUGAACAAAUGUCGUUUUCGUGUCAAAUUUGGUGGGUUGCAGCUUAUAGUCAGGUGCGCUUUAUAGUCCAAAAAUUACGGUACUGUAUUUUAGAAAACUAUUUGUUACAAACAUGAACAGUUUUUUAAAAAAUAAUUGGUUAAUUUGUUGUGAUUGAACAUGUUAUACAUUGGCAUUAAAUUCUUUGUAAAUAAUAAAAGUUUUAUCGUAAUAUUUUAAUCCAAUUUUUUUUUUUUUAAAUGACGGUCGUGGCCCGAAAGACAUUGAAAAAACAUGAAAGUUUAUGUGAGAUUUAAAUAUAAGAAAUGAAACACACAAGUCAAUGCAAGUACAGUAUUUCUUUUUAGCAUCAAAAUGUGUUGCUGUCAGGUAGACAGAUAAUAGCAUCGUAUUUAGAAAAUUGGCCUAAAAACCUUGUCAAUCUGUCAUGCAGUAUUUCAUUUUUUGUGUUGUUUUUGUAAACUGAUUAUUUGCCACCCCCCAAAUCCUGCUCCCGAAUUCCAUCUGCCAUUUGUGUGCAUUUGACGGCAACUUCAAUAAAUCAUCGGCCAACACCUCA